GUGAACGCUCCAGAUAUGCCUGUUGUUCACAGGGCAGUGCCAUAGGUUGUGUUUGGGUGAUAGAGUGCCUGAUAAAGAUGGUGGUAGUGUUUGCAGCUGACAUUUAAAAGUAAUACAAAAUGUUACCCUCGACAGUUUGACACUUAAGCAUGCAGACUGCUAUGUGUGUUAAAGUGCUAGAGGUAGAUGGGACAUUCCAGCCUUGCUUAAACUGAUAGGAUGUAAUGGAGAUGGACUUCGUAAAGCUUGAUGCCUUUUUUCCACUACUGCCUCAAUCCAUUUUCCCCGUCAUUCUUGUCAGCUUGCCAAGACAGCUCAUGACCUAAGUAAGAUGGCAGUCAUCUAUUUGGUGGAUGUGAACAAGGUUCCUGUGUACACCCAGUAUUUUGACAUCAGCUAUAUUCCAUCCACUGUAUUCUUCUUCAAUGGACAGCACAUGAAGGUCGAUUAUGGGUCUCCAGAUCACACCAAAUUUGUAGGAAGCUUCAAAACGAAGCAAGACUUCAUAGAUCUGAUUGAAGUGAUUUACCGUGGUGCCAUGCGCGGAAAGCUUAUUGUGAGAAGUCCUAUUGAUCCCAGUAACAUUCCUAAAUAUGACCUUCUUUACCAAGGAAUUUAGUGGGCUGACCUGAGUUAAAGAAUUAUGGGAUUGGCAGAUAUUCUAGAGAUGUUUUUUCUCUGAGCAUUUUUAUCCACUGCUGAUGCCGUGGGACACUUUGAGCAUUUAUGGUGAAGGAUCAUAUUGGUCUGUUUCUGAAGACAGACGUUCUGUCACUUAGUACUUCUGUCACAAAUAAAGCUACUUGUUAACAUCUAGAAUUCAUGUAAGUGACUGUUCUUUGAGUUGCAUGCUGACCAGCAGCUGUAGAACAGAUCUGCUGCUUGUAUGCAUAAUGAUGGUGUCAGCACAAUGUUAAUAAGUGAACUAAACAGUAGUGUACUCUAUUAAAUGCCUAUUCAAUACUACUUUCAUUCAAAUAUGAUAUUAGCCAAGCUGUAUUUAAAAAGCUGCAGUUGUUACUGAAAGUACUUACCUUGCUGUGCCUUUCCAAUAGAAUUAUAUAUUUCUAUCCAUUACUACAUAAUGGUAUGAAAGCUUUUUCAGACAGCAUCAGAAAUUACUAAAAUCAGAAAUAGAUGAACAUAAUAAUAAUAACAUAAAGGGAAUUUGAUACUGUUUUUUGUACCCAGUCUUACUGUUCAGCAAUUAUUUUUUUCUUAAUAAGAUGGGAUCUGAAGAUGUAGGGCAAGGUACAGUCACCCUUCAAAGCUCUUUUGCGGACAUCGGCUGCUUUUAAUUCCCACACAAUUACACUGGGAAUUCAGAAUAGCAGUUUAUUUUACGUAUGCUUUAAAGACUAUUUGGCCUUUUCCUUUAAUAAAUUGCAAGCCAUUCGUAUGGACACUUAAACUGUUUCCCACUUCUAUAAAAAAUAAAACAGCUGAAAGGGAACAGCUACAUCAUUCUCUCGUAUCAGUUUGAUAACUGUAGGUUGCUAGCAUAUUUUAUAACCCCAGCAAGUCACUCUGUGUAGCCUCACUGAUUUAGUUGGAUUUAAAAUUGCAAAUUUGCAAUACUUUGUGUAUUCCAGAAUUGUCCUUUUAUGCACUUAAGAAAUUAGAGUUUUGUCGAUCGUUUAGUCCAACUACAAGGCUGCCACCACAGAAAGUCCAAUUAAAAAGAUUAUACAGACAA